AUGGACGGGAAAGCGACAGUCCACCAGGACGUGCCUCCUGUGCUCACCUGGGUCCCCGAGGAGGGAGAGAAGCUGGACCAGGAAGGCGAGGGCCAGGUGAAGGAUCGGGGCCAAUGGACCAACAAGAUGGAGUUUGUGCUGUCAGUGGCCGGGGAGAUCAUUGGGCUGGGCAAUGUCUGGAGGUUUCCUUAUCUCUGCUACAAAAACGGAGGUGGAGCCUUCUUCAUCCCCUAUUUCAUCUUCUUCUUCACUUGUGGUAUCCCGCUGUUCUUCUUGGAGGUGGCAUUGGGCCAGUACACCAGCCAAGGGAGCGUCACAGCCUGGAGGAAGAUCUGUCCCCUUCUCCAAGGCAUUGGUUUGGCAUCUGUGGUCAUUGAGUCCUAUUUGAAUGUCUACUACAUCAUCAUUCUCGCCUGGGCCCUCUUCUAUCUGUUCAGCUCCUUCACCUCUGAGCUGCCCUGGACAACCUGUACCAAUACCUGGAACACAGAGCACUGCAUGGACUUUCUGAACCACUCAGGAGCCAACACAGUGACAACCUCUGAGAACUUCACCUCACCUGUCAUAGAAUUUUGGGAGAGACGUGUUCUGGGCAUCUCUGCAGGCAUCCAUGACCUGGGAGCCCUGCGUUGGGAACUGGCCCUGUGCCUCCUGCUUGCCUGGAUCAUCUGCUACUUCUGCAUCUGGAAGGGGGUCAAGACCACAGGCAAGGUUGUUUAUUUCACAGCCACGUUCCCCUACCUGAUGCUGAUCAUCCUAUUGAUUCGAGGCGUCACGCUUCCCGGAGCCUACGAGGGCAUCAUCUACUACCUGAAGCCGGAUUUGUCUCGCCUGAAGGACCCCCAGGUGUGGAUGGACGCGGGCACCCAGAUCUUCUUCUCCUUUGCCAUCUGUCAGGGGUGCCUGACAGCCCUGGGCAGCUACAACAAGUACCACAACAACUGCUACAGGGACUGCAUUGCCCUCUGCUUCCUGAACAGUGCCACCAGCUUUGUGGCUGGAUUUGUGGUCUUCUCCAUCCUGGGCUUCAUGUCCCAAGAGCAGGCGGUGCCCAUCUCUGAAGUGGCGGAGUCCGGUCCUGGUCUGGCCUUCAUUGCAUUCCCUAAGGCUGUGACUAUGAUGCCCUUAUCCCAGCUGUGGUCCUGCCUUUUCUUCAUCAUGCUCAUCUUCCUAGGGCUGGACAGCCAGUUUGUCUGUGUGGAGUGCCUGGUGACAGCUUCCGUGGACAUGUUCCCCAGGCAGCUCCGGAGGAGCGGGCGGCGAGAGCUCCUCAUCCUUGGCAUUUCCAUCCUGUGCUACCUGAUAGGGCUCCUCCUGGUCACCGAGGGUGGGAUGUACGUCUUCCAGUUGUUUGAUUAUUAUGCUUCCAGCGGCAUAUGCCUGCUUUUCCUCGCAAUGUCGGAAGUAAUCUGCAUCAGCUGGGUGUAUGGGGCAGACCGUUUCUAUGACAACAUUGAGGACAUGAUUGGCUACCGGCCAUGGCCCCUGGUAAAGAUCUCCUGGCUCAUCCUGACCCCUGGACUUUGCCUGGCCACGUUCUUCUUCUCCUUGAGCAAGUACACACCUCUCAAAUACAACAACAUCUAUGUGUACCCUCCCUGGGGAUACUCCAUUGGCUGGUUCCUGGCUCUCUCCUCCAUGGUCUGCGUCCCACUCUUCAUCAUCAUUACCCUCCUGAAGACCCAGGGUACCUUCAAGAAGCGCUUGCGACAGCUCAUCACCCCUGACCCCAGCCUGCCACAGCCCAAGCAACACCUGUAUCUGGAUGGUGGCACCAGCCAGGACUGUGGACCCUCCCCAGUGAAGAAGGGACUGAUAGUCGGGGAGAAAGAGACCUACUUAUAG